AUUGAAAGCUAGCGGAUAUAUUCAUCACUUGAAAUUGUUAGCAUUUUCUUUUAUUUUGUUUCCAUUCAAUAAUAUACACAAUAAUGAAGUUCACCGCUCCCCUCUUUCUAGGCCUUUUGGUCUCCAUGGGAGCUGCCUUGAGCGACCCCAACAGCCCUCACGACGCUGCCGCGCCGGCGACCGCACCCGAAGUCGCACCCGAGGCCGCGCCGGCCCCCGAGGCCAAGCCCGCGGCCCCACCCGCGAAAAAGGAAAAACUAUGCAGUGAUGGGAAGAACAAAUGUUCCCUCGAGAAAAAGGGAAAAUGCAGAGUUCCCGGAAGUCCCAUCAACCUCUUGAUUUUCUCUUGGAUCGACUUUAAACUGGAAGACGACAAGGCGUGUUAAACAGAGCAACAAAAACCGAAUGGAAUAUCUGACAUGCAACGAUCAAAUGUGGGAGAUUCGAGGUCGAGUUGAUGGGCUACAUCAAAGCUGCUGAUUCUGGUGAAUUAAUAUUAAUGGAGAGACCUCGGAAAUUGUUCAACGGUGGUUUUUUUUUUUUUUUUCUCUUUUUUUUCACGCCAAAAGUCGGACUUGAAUUAUACUCCAAACCUUAUACCACUGCAUAGAUGGCUAAUAAAGUCGUUCC